CGUCACGAAAUUUGAAUGUGCAUAUGUAUCGGUCGGGGUUUGUCCACAUCAAAGAAACUCGUCACUGGGCCGUUGAUCGGCCUUCUGAUACACACAUGUUUAAAGACGAUAGCGAGCUCACAUUUGGUUAAGUCAGUGUACAAUGUUUGUACACUUUUUUCUUUUUAUGAAUAUUUGGACAGUCUGCAGUUUCAAAGAAGAAGCAAAAGUUGACUUGAAUCAGCUACUUAGUGUUUUGAAAAUUCUGAAGACACAUUAUGAUCAGCUGAAAAACAAUGUAACCGACCUUACUAAAACAGUUGCUGAAUUAAAAAAGGAAAACGUUCAAAUCAAAACUGCAUGUAAAUGUGGUGCAACAACUACAAAUUCAAGUAAUGUUAAUGCAAAGAAGCCUACACCUACAAAUUCAAGUAUUGUUUAUGCAAAGAAGCCUACACCUACAAAUUCAAGUACUGUUGAUGCAAAGAAGCUUUCCCCUAAUAAUAGCUCAACGAAGCCAACACCUACAAAGUCAAAUACUGUUAAGCCAACAAAACAAGUAUUGCCAGUGGUACCUGCUGCCACUAAUUCUCAACCUGCACAGCUACGCAAAGCGGUAGGAUUUACUGCCGCACUAACUAGUGUUAUAAGUCUCGGGCAGCACCAACCUGUUGAAUAUGAUAAAGUUAUUACAAAUGUUGGAAAGGGUUUUGAUGCCCGACAUGGACAUUUUGUAGCACCAGUUAAAGGACUGUACAUCCUGUCAGCAACAAUACUAAACAGUGAAGGUAAAGAAAUGCAUAUGGAGAUGGUAAAAAACGGAGUUCAGCUCGUCGCUUUCUAUGCAGAUCCAGAUGAUUAUUCUAUGGGAAGCCAAACAAUUGUAUUAUCACUUAAAGCCAACGAUAUGGUAUGGAUAAGACAUUGCCGUGUAAAAAGACCCUCACCUAUUUAUGGGAAACCAGACCAACCAAUCAACACUUUCUCUGGUGCUUUAAUAGUACAGUUUGAUUAAAAUAAAAAUUAACAGUCAUUGAUCACGAUGUAUAGAUUAUAUCUUAUUGAAAUCAUUUUCAUUCAUAUAGCACAUAUAACAGAUCUCAAAUAGAGCACAUCAUUUGUAUUAUUCCACUGUUUAAGCAUAUUGAUAGUUUAAUCAAUAUUUGAUUGGUUGAGGCUAUCCCAUGUGUCAUUGAACAAAUCUUCAUAUUCCAUUCUGAGGAUCAUAUUCCCCUCUGAAAUGUCGGGAUUACUUCGUGCGACGUUACGCGCGGUUAAUGUACAUAACGUUUUGAACUUCUUAUUCUUCUUAAAAUAGCGAUAGCAAAAAUCAUUAUCAUGUUCAAAUUUAUUUCAGACGAUAAAACAAAAAGACUUAUUAUUAGAUUUUGAUCCUUACUGUUUAUCAAUGGGUAUGUCGUGUUUAGUUUGACUUACAAAAACAAGCGGAUAAGGAAAAAAAAUGUAUGCAAAAUAAUAUUAAAUGUAUUGAUAGUAAACAAAGCAUAGG